AUGACAAGUAUGGUGCAAAAAAGAAAAACUCCUCAACACUUACAAAAUGUAAAAGUGGUAGUGAGAAUUAGGCUUUUACUUAAACAAGAGGAGGAACAAAAUGUAAAAAGUGUUGUAAAAGCUCAUACUUACCGAGAAUUAGUUCUUAAGGAGAAGAAGUAUAGUUUUGACAGAGUUUUCAAACCAACAGCUACACAAAUUGAAUUGUAUUUGAACUUUAUUGCUCCUUUGAUUCACGAUGUGGUUGAAGGAUAUAAUUGUACUGUGUUUGCAUAUGGACAAACUGGUACUGGAAAAACAUAUACGAUGACUGGAGAAAAAUGCAAUCUAGUUGGAAAUUGGAGGGAGGAUGUAUUCGCCAUGAGCCGAUGGGUGUUAUUGAAGAGUUCUGGUAUUCGAGCAGCUUUUCAUAUUUUCCAUGAACUUGACAAACUGUCAAAAGUUGAUGUAAACGUUAAAGUUUCAUACAUUGAAUUAUAUAAUGAAGAGAUUAGAGAUUCAUUAAGUGACAAUGAGAAUAUUUUACAGAUGUACAGUGACAACAAAGGGUCAGUAACAAUUAGUGGCUUGACAGAAAUUUCUGUUCGCAAUGGCGAAGAUAUUUGUAAAUAUUUGAAACGAGGUAUUGUUAAAAGACAAAUAGCAUCAACGCUUAUGAACCAUCAGAGUUCGAGAUCUCAUACAGUCUUCACAAUUUCGAUAAAUACCAGAGAAAGUACUGUAUGUGGCGAUGAUAUUUUAAAAGCCGGAAAAAUAAAUCUAGUAGAUCUAGCUGGUAAUGAAAAUAUAGCAAAAUCCGGACGUAAGGAAAUUAGAGCUGUGGAACUUGCAAAUAUAAACAAAUCGUUGUUAACACUUGGACGAGUUAUACAUGCCUUAGCUGACAAAUCACACAAACACGUACCCUACAGGGACUCAAAAUUGACGAGAAUCCUGCAGGAUUCUCUAGGAGGACACACGAAAACUGCCAUGAUUGCCACAGUAUCUCCGGCAAUAAAUUCGCACGAAGAGACUUCUAGUACUCUAGAAUAUGCUUCCAGAGCCAGGGAUAUUAAAAAUACUCCUACAGUUAAUGAAAAAAUGACAAAUAAUGAUGUGAUUGAAGGUUUAGUAAAGGAAAUUGACAAAUUACAGAAAGAUUUGGACGCUGCAAGAUCAGGAACAGGUUUUUAUGUAAACAAAGAGAACUAUGAAAAAAUGAUAGACGCUAUUAUAGCUGUCACAGGAGAACAUUUAACAACAGAUGAGUUGAUGGACAGGAAAGCAGAGAGAAUUAGAAACUUAGAGGAUCGUUUAUAUUCCAGAAUGAGGGAAUUCGAUGAAACUGUACAGCAAUGCAAAAAAUAA